AUGGAGAUUCCGAGAAAAAUCAGGAAAUUGAUCGAUGCUGGCAAAUUCACAGAAGCCGCCGAUGAAUUCAAUAAUGCAGCCACCAAAUCGCGCGAAAAUGAAAAUUUCGAUUUGGCGAUUUUUUUGGCUGAAAAAGGAUUAGAAUUUUCGCUGGAACACAGAAUGUUUUUGGAAGCUUCGUUUUGCGAAAGAAACUUGGCUGAAAUCCACGCUCUCCUUGGAAAUGAAGAUAAAUCAAUGGAACAUGCACGGAAUUUUAUCAAAUUCUCAAAAAUGUGCAAUGAUCCAUCGCAACAACAGCUAUCUUUUCAUGUAAAAGCAUGGUGUUUGAUAAAAAUUUUUGAUGCUGGAAGAGUUGGAAGACUAGAACUUGAAGAAGUUUGUCUAUUUAUUUGAUUAAAUAUUUUUUUUCUAAAAAUAAACUUUCAGGCUCUCCAGAAUAUCAAACAAUCCCAAACACUCAUUCGAAAAUUUGAGCCAGAUCUCAAAAAAUCGGAAAAACAUGGGACAAUUGGAGCGAGAAAAGUAUUGCUGGUAAGAGAAAAAGAUAUCUAGCCAGUAAUUCUUGUCAUUUAGCUCAAUUUGGCAGCCCAAAUUCAUCAAAUUCUUGGAAAUAUCAAUGAGGCAAUUAAAAUGAUCAGUGAAGCUGAAAUGAUCGCGAAAUCUUUGAAGUUUGUUUUUUGAAUUUGAGCUAACUCUCAAAUAUCUAAUAUUGAUUUCAGAUCUGAGAGCUAUUUACGAUACGAAAUCGCGUUGACAAAACUUGGUUUGAUUGAACCCGAGGAAAGAUUGCAAUUGGCUAAAAAGAUGUUGGAUUAUGCAAGUGAAAACACGAAGGCAAAUGCGCUUAUGGAAUUGUCGAAUGUAAUUUUUUUUCGAAAAUAUUUAGGGUUGAUUCACGAACGAAAAAAAUGUCGAAAAAACAUUGUAGGUCAAAGUUAGUUUUUCGAGUUUUUCAGCCAAAAAUGAUGACAAAUCGAUAUUUUUGAAGCUUCUGGAGUGAUUUCUGAUGAAAACAAGCUUCGAAAACCCUAUUUUGCUUUUUUCGAAAUUCAUCAAAAUGUAACAUUUUUUUAUUUUACGAAAAAUCAGCAAAAACUUCUGGAAAGUGAAUUCCAAGGUAAUUUUCAUCAGAAAUUAUUCCAGAAGCUUUUUUUCCUCUAAAACUACAGUGAACCAAAUUUUCCAGAAUUUUUUAUUCAAAAAAUUUUGAAUUUCAAAAUUUCUGUCUGAAAAUUUGAAAAUCUUGAGAUGUUUCACAAAUUCAGUGGAAAUUUGUCAAUUUUUUCAACUUUCACAGUUACCCAAGAUUUCUAGAAUUUUUUCCAAAAUUUUUUGAAAAUCUUCAGAUUUUUGAUAAAUUCAGUGGAAAUGUUUCGAAUCUGUACAUUUUUCUCUGAAACCUGGUUUUUCAACAACAAAAAAGGGCUGAUGUCAAAAAUGACGACAAAUCGAGAUUUUUUAAGCUUCUGGAGUAAUUUCUGAUUUAAAUUGAUCUUCGAAUUCACUUUCCAGAAGUUUUUGCGGAUUUUUCGUAAAAUAAAAAUUUUUAAAUUUGGAUGAAUUUGGAAAAAAGCAAAAUAGGGUUCUCGAAGCUUAUUUUCAAUCAGAAAUUACUCCAGAAGCUUCAAAAAUAUCGAUUUGUCAUCAUUUUUGGCUGAAAAACUCGAAAAACUAAUUUUGACCUACAAUGUUUUUUCGACAUUUUUUGACUUUUCGUGAAUUGAUCUUUCGAUGUUAAGAAAACAUUUUUAACAUUUUUUUCGUUCGUGAAUCAGCCGUAGUGAAAAUUGUUUUUGAAAAUAUUAAAAAAAAAUCAUUUUUGAGUUUGCCACUUGAAAAUUUACAAAAUGAAGAUCAAAUACAAAUCUUUGAAAUUUUAAAAACUGUGCAAAUUAUUUUUAGAAAUUUUCCUGGGAUACCUAGAUCUUUGGAAUUUUCAGAAAUUUGAAGUCCAAAUUCUAUAAAAUUCUAUAAAAAAUAAAAAUGAAAAAAAUAAAAACCUUUUUAAAAAUUUUUUUUCAAAUUCCAGCAAUAUGUUUUAUCCGGCGAUUUAUCAAAGGCAUAUUCAAAUAUUGAAAAGGUUUACUGCACUGAUCAUCGCAAACAUUUAUCAGAAAUUGAUUUGGGUAUCGUUAAAAAUCGUCUUGCAAUUGUCUACCGUCUCACCAAAUAUCAAAAACAUCAGAAAUCCAAAAACUCUUUGUGCGAAUUCUUCGAAGCGAUUGCUGAUUUAUAUUAUAAGUAUUUUGAGUGAGUUUUCGAGUUUUUUUUUUUGAAAAAUAAGGGUGAUUUUUGAUUUUCAGCACAUUGACGGAAAAGGAAAAAAUUGAUUAUGGAAGUUUUGCAAUCGAGAAUAUUGUGAAGAAUUAUGAGGAAAUGAUUGGGUUAGUUUUGAGGGGUUUGGAGCGAAAAUUCGAGAAAUUUGAUCAAAUUUGAGCUCUGGAAUGUUAAAAUUUGAAUUUUCUCAGCUUAGGAAUCAUCUAACAUGAGCAAUGAUGUAUUUAGUUUAAAAAAAAACAUUGCUCAUGUUUAAAAAAUUUCCUACUUAUUUUUUAUGAAUUUCUUUAACAUGAGCAAUAAUUUUUUAACCAAAAUUUUGAUAAUUUUCAAAGAAAUUCAGAAAAUCACAAGUUUUCUCGAAAUUUAUAGCAUUGCUCAUAUUUAAAAUUGGAAUUUUGAUGGAUUUGGAGCGAAAAUUCCAGAAUUUUGGACAAUUUUUAGCCUUGGAACUUGAAAAAUUGAAUUUUCUCAGCUCUGGAAUUCUCUAACAUUAGAAAUGAUUUUUUGAGCUCGAAUUCAGGAAAUAAUACAGUUUUCUCAAAAAUUAUAACAUUGCUCAUGUUAAAAAAUUUAAUGUUUUCAUAAAAAUUGGAAUUUUGAACGAAAAACUGUAAUUUAGAUCAAUUUUGAGCCUUGAAACUUCAAAAAUGGAAUUUUCUGAGCCUUGAAAUUCUCUAACAUGAGCAAUCAUUUUUUGAGUCUCAAUUCAAAAAACCCUUGUCCUCUCAAAAUUUUAGCAUUGCUCAUGUUAAAAAAUUUCAUAUUUUUCUGAAAACUGGAAUUUUGAGAGGUUUCUCUAACAUGAGCAAUGAUUUUUGACCAAAAACUUAGAUAAUUUUCUUGAUUUUUCAAUAAAUUCCUCUUCUGAGCGUAGAUUCAGAAAAUCCUAUAGUUUUUACAAAAAUUAGGCAUUGCUCAUGUUAAAAAAUUUAAUAUUUUCAUGAAAAUUUGAAUUUUGAGAGGUUUCUCUAACGUGAGCAAUGAUUUUUUGACCAAAAGUUCAGCAUUGCUCAUAUUAAAAAAUUUAGGAAUUUUUUUGAGCACUCUAACAUGAGCAAUGAUUUUUUUUUCAAAACCAAAAUUCGGUUUUGCGAAAAAAUUCAUUUCUCAAAAUAUUUUAGCAUUGCUCAUGUCAAAAUUUUUUAUUUUUCAGCCACAAACGAAGCAUUGAUGAUGAAUUACGUGGAUUGCUUGGAAUUGCGUUGAUUUAUAUGGAUAUCGAAACAUUUUCGGAAGCUCAAAUAUAUCUGGAAAAAAGGCUGAAAAUUUUGGAGGAAAAUAAUAGGGAGGAAAAUGAGGUUAGUUGUUUAUAUUUUCUACACGAAUAAGUUUUUUUUAAAUUUUUUUUAUAGAUUCAUGACGUCAAAGUGUCAAUUCUGAAUUGUGAUUGCAAAAUGAGAAGACCUGGAGUUACAGAAAUAUUUCAGCGAUCUCGAAAAAUCAGUCAAAUUUCCGAAUCUUCGAAAAGAAUUAUUUCAAAUUUGGGCAGAUUAUUGUGGAUCGAUUAAUCAGAAGAAAUUAGAGAAAGUUUAUCAAGAGAAAUCGGAUGAAAUUGAGGAGAUUUCGGUGAAAAAUGAUGAUGAUGAAAGUGAUUUUCUAUUUCGAAAUAUAUCGAAUCAACAAAUUCUGGAUAUUUGCAAAGAGAGACACGCCAAAAAUAGGGAAUAUGAGAAAAUAUUGGCGAACAAGGAGUGGAAAAAUGAAUAUGGAGAGACAUCGUUACAUGAAGCUGCAAAAUGUUCGGAUUCGGAAAAAGUUGAAUUCAUGUGUAGAAAUGUAGGAAGCUUUUUAUUGUUUCAAUGUUUUUCGAGCCUCUGAUCACUUUAAACUCCUAUUAUGAGUUAUGACGUGGCGAAAUCUGAAAUUUUUGCUCCUAAAAGUCAAAUUUCUCAAAGUUUGCCAAGUCUUAUAAGCCUGAAAUUUCUAUAAAAUCCCAGAUUUGAGAGCUAAAGCCUAAAAUUUGACAAAAAGUGUUCAGGUCCUAAUUUCUUGUAUUUAAAAUGUUAAACUAAAUUUUUCAGUUUUUUUUUCAAAUUUCACUUUUUCUAGCAGACAAUUGGUCAAAUUCCGAUAUAAUUUCGAAAAAUCGGGAUUUUAGGAGGUGAAAACUAACUUCAAAAUUGAAUUUCUGGCAAAUCUGAUAGCAUAGAGUUUCUUAGGAGGAUCGAUAACAUAAGUCAAACUUUUCUGAAAAUUUUUUGGGAUUUUUUCAACUCCUGAACAGCCCUGUGCUAUUAGAUUUGCAUGAAAAUCAUUUUUGAAUCUAGCUUCUAAAAUCCCGCCACGUCAUAACUCAUAUUAGGAGUUGAGUUCUGCAAUUUUAAACAGCGGGAUAGUGUUCAGCAGGUCGAAAAUUACUAGAAAAAAAAUUCAUAAAUUUUUUGGACUGAAAAUUUCCUUGUAAAAAACCGGAUGAAAUUUCAUUUUGAAAAAUCAAUUUUCUAUUCUAAAAUAAUUCAUAAUUUUUUUCCCAGGGCUACAACGUGAACGCUGAAGAUUGCGGUGGCUGGACUCCUCUCGCAGAAGCUGUUGAUUAUUGCCAACUGGAAAAUGUCAAAAUCCUUUUGAAAUAUCGAGCCAAUGUGAAUUGUGUGAGCAAAGAAAACGUGGAAAAUCUCUCAAAUUCUCGAAAUAACCGGAAAGGAUGUCAUUAUCGAAUUACGCCUUUGAUGGAUGCUGUAAUGAAUGGAUUUUAUGAUAUCGCAAGGGUUCUGAUGGAUAAUCAUGCCGAUUUGAAAAUGAUUGAUAGUAUUGGAUGGACAGCGUAUAAUCAUUUGGAGUUAGUUUGUGAUUUUUUUUCUAGAAAAAAUAUUUUUUUUCAGGAAUUUUAUCAAGGAAAAAGGCUGUGAUGAUGAUGGAUUGGAGUUCAAGGAAUAUCUUAAAAAUGAAAUGAUAAAACGAAAUAUCUCGUUACUUCCAAUGGAUCCAAGUUGCAGGAGAAGUCCAUCACCUGUGAGGGUAAGGAAAAUUUUUAUGAAAAUUCUGGGGCACUUUUUUUCGCAGGCUAGUUUUAGCCAGAAUUGGUUUAUGAAAAAUUCAAAUUUAUAUUCAUUGAAGAGAUUACUCAUGUUAAAAUUCAGAUGUUGAAUUAUAAUUUGGCCCAAUAAAUUAUAUGAUCAAAAUGAUCUUAUGAGCCAAUUUCUAAUUCAAAAGGUGAAUUUUAACAUGAGCAAUGGUCUCUUAAAUGAAAAUAAAUUAUGAAAAUUUCAGAAAUCACUUUGGAGACUCCAAAGCUCUAAAAAAUUUGUCAAAAAAAAAACGAUUUCUGAAAAUUGCAAAUUUAUUUUCAUUAAAAAGACAAUUGCUCAUGUUAAAAUUCAGUUCUUAAAUUAUUUGAAAAUUCUUUUACCCAAGAAAAUUGAACUUUCUGAUUUGAAAACUGAAUUUUAACAUGAGCAAUAGUUUCUUCAAUGAAAAUAAAUUUUGAAAAUUUCUGAAAUCACUUUGAGGGCUCCAAAACUCUAGAAAAAUAUCAGGAAAAACCGGAUAAGAUUCAAAAAGAUCUGAAAUUCUCAAAUGAAUUUUCUUUUAAGAGACGAUUGCUCAUGUUAAAAUUCAGAUUUUAAAUUGUUUGAAAAUGAUAGAAUGUUAUACUAAAAUCUAAUUUUUUUUCAGUUGUCAGAUGAUAUUUUCGAAACUGGUAGUCAAAAUGAUGAAGAAGAUUUCACAUUUCUCCCAUCAACAUCACAACAAAGAACACAAAAACGCCCAUAUUCUUCAGACAAUUUUGAGAAUUUGCCAAAACGAAAACCACCUUCACUUCCUUCAAGACCUCCACCUCCUUUGAGACAAUCGCCGAAUCAAAAUCGAAGAAAUCGAAAAUCCAGUAGUCCGAUUCAGCAAACACUUCAAUUUUCCCAGCAUAAACAUCGGAGGAAUCAAGGUUCAAUUAGUCCACCUCAAUUUUCCCAGAAUAAAUCUCGAAGGAAUCAGGGCCCAAGUUCAAUUAGUCCACCUCAACUUCCGCUAACUCGAAUUCGUGAGCCAAGUCCAAUGGAUUCCUCACCUGAUAUUAUUGAAAUUCCAAAACCCGAAAUUCCAAAACCCGAAGUUCCAAAAUCAUCAAUAAUUGUGGUCGUAUUGGAUUUUGAAGCACCAGAACAAUUUUUUUCAAAAAUGAAGUUAUCAUUUCGAAAAAAUGAUACUAUUCAAACUGUCAAGAAGAAGAUUUUGGAAGAUGGAAACAAGAAAAAAUUCCCGAAAUUAUCGAUUUUUGAAAAGGGAGAAAAUGAUGAGAGAAUUGUUGUGAAUGAUGAUUUCAAAUUGGAAAUGUUCAAAAAAGAGGAGGUUAUGCUGGUUUGUAAAUUGAGAGCAUUUUCGCCGCUGGAAAAUUAUAAAUGUGAAACACAAGGUGGGUUUUUUAUUUACUUAUUUUAUGGGAUGAAAAUGAAAAAAACAAUUUUUUUGUACUGUUCUCAGCUUCUGCUACAGAAAAAUGAGCCAAAACUCGAGAAUUUUUGAAAAAUCGAGCUUUGAGAGCAUAUUAAUCAUGUUAGAGAAACCUUUUUUUUGAAAAAAUAUUAAAAUUUUUGAAAAAAAUAUUUGAAAAAAAAUAUUUGUGAUUUUCAGCUAAAAAUCCAUAUGUUUGA